UGCUUCCAUGGAUUUCAUGACGGCUAGCAUGUUGCAAAAUAUGGCCUACUAAGCACCUUGGUCGUAUCUGUCAGUCAUCAUUUUCCAAUCCACUGUAGAGCUGAAUCGAAGCCCAUUCGAACAGGAAAAUGUGCACGAAAGAUUGCUACAAAGUGUUCGGGUACUUUCUGGGCUUUAUGUGGAUCGUUACGGCGUUUUACUAUACGAUGGAAACGAUUGAACUAUUGAAGCUGAUGCGACUGCAGUGCACCAAAGAAGACCGAAACGAAACCUUCAGAAUUCUGUUCGACGACGAGCUGGUGGACAAUGUUUGCAGCUUCUAUGGACGGCUUGAUGACUUCAUGCCGUAUCAUAUAAUUACAACUUUGAUCAAGAUGGUUCCCGGAAUACUAUUAAUCGUGGGAAUUUUCAAGAGUAACAUAACGUUGAUAAAGGUGUUUAUUGCCUACGCACUUCUCGAGGAAAUCUUCUUUGUUACUGUGUUUUCAAAAAUAUUCACUCUAAUCAAUACGGAAGGCAAGAAGAGUUCAUGGAUUUUCUGGAUUUUGGUGUUUUCUUGUGCGAAAUUGAUACUUGGCAUUUGGAUAAUCCUUGGAGUGUACGCAGCCAUCGACAGCAGUAGGAAAGUGAUUCACAGGGUGAUGUGAAGGAUUUCGGAUACCGGAAAAGCUUCAUGGCCUUUAAUUUAAAUCUUUGGAAAGACGUUAUAAUAAUUGAUUUAUUUGCAUAUAAAUACAAAUUAACAACUAAUGUGUUAACAAUAUUGCAA